GGUACAUACCGAGCUGUCCCUCCCCCGCAGACCAAGCAGUGCAGGGGGCAAAGUCCGUCCCCGAUGUCUUAAAAAGCGGCCCACGUCCCGAUCCGGGGAAGCACCACAGGUUUUAUACGAUACAUCAACACGUUGACUCUUUUUUAAGUUCAAAUUCUGUAACUUCUCAGGUUUCAUAUUUGAACCGAAGAAAAGCAAAGAAAGAAAAGGAAGAGGAAGAAACACAACACACACAAUACACAAUGGCGGACGCUCAGCUUAACGAUUUCCCUUCCCUCUUCUCUGUCAAGGGCAAGGUUGCUGUUGUGACGGGUGGCUCGAGAGGGUUGGGUCUUAGUGCUGCUUCGGCCCUCCUCCAAGCCGGCGCCUCCAAAGUCUUCAUAUCCUCCCGCAAAGCCUCCGCCUGCGACAGCGCCGUCAAGACCCUUAACGCCCUCCCCGGUCUCGCCCUGGGCGCCAAGGCCAUCUCCAUCCCCGCCGACGCCGCCACCUUAUCAGGCGUGCAGCACCUCGUCUCCGAAGUCGCCAAGCACACCGACCACGUCGACAUUCUGCUAGCCAACGCCGGCGCCACCUGGGGCGCGGCCUUUGACGAGCAUCCCGAUUCGGCCUUUGCCAAGGUCAUGGACCUGAACGUUAGGGGUGUGUUCAACACCAUUCGCGAGUUUGCCCCGUUGCUCCAAAAGAAGGCGAGCGUCGAGGACCCCAGCCGUGUGAUCAUCACUGCUUCCGUGGCGGGCUUGGGUAUUGGGACUAUUGGUAAGCAAGGGACGUAUGGGUAUAGUGCUUCGAAGGCGGCCGUGAUUCAUUUGGGGAGGAACUUGGCGGUGGAGUUGGGACCCAGGGGUAUUACGGUCAAUAGUAUUUGCCCGGGCUUUUUCCCGACGAAGAUGAGUAAUGGGUUGUUGGAUAUGAGCGGUGGGAAGGAGAGCAUUGCGGCGGCGAACCCGAUGAAGAGGCUUGGAAGGCCGGAGGAUAUUGCGGGUGUGGUGGUGUAUUUGGCGAGCAGGGCGGGUGCGCACGUGAAUGGUGCGACGAUUGCGGUUGAUGGUGGUGCGAUGUGGGCGAGUGGGCAGUUGAAUGUGGAGGAGAAGGCGAAGUUGUGAAUCGGUUGGUGGGUUAGAGCUUCGUUGAAAGAGGAAGGAGUUCGACUAGAGAGACGUUGAGAUGAUAGAUUUGGCAUGUGGGUAUGUUAUAACAGUCCAAUGUCUUU